CCGCAGAGCCCCAUUUCGGCGUUGCCAUGUGCACGGGGGCCUGUUCCCGUGUGCUGGGGGCUGCCCUCUGGCCUUUCGCUCUCCUGUGCAUUGUGUGCAACAUCGUCCUUGCCUUCCCAGACUGGAAGACCCAGUAUGUCCACCACUGGGGAGAGUACCUGACCCCCGAAAUCCUCUACCUGGGCGGGAUCAUCGGAGGCGGCAUCAUGGUGAUGGUUCCAGCCGUCCACAUCCAGGCCACCGGGCGCAAAGGCUGCUGUGGGAACCGCUGUGGGAUGUGCCUUUCAAUCAUCUUCGCAGCUGUGGGGGCCUUGGGAGGCAUUUACGCCGUCGCCACCUCCUCUCUGGGCCUUGUUCACGGGCCCAUGUGUCAGUACCCCCUGGCCAACGGGACGCUGGAGUGGGGCCGCCCCUUUGAGAGCAGCCUGGAGGACUUCAGCGAGAAAAACUACCUCUUUGACACGAGCUUGUGGGACGUCUGCCGGGACCCCCCCGGCGUCACCCGCUUCAACGUCAUCCUCUUCUCCAUCAUCCUGGCCUCCGGCCUGGUGGAGUUCUGCCUCUGCGCCCUGCAGAUCCUCAACGGGCUCUUCGGCUGCGUCUGCGGAACCUGCAACGAGGAAGAAAAGGAAACCUACCACUGAUCCCUCACUGGCUUCCUGACCUCCCCCUCUGCUA